UAUACUUGGACAGAUGUCAACACUGCCUGCUCGCAAAUCAACGGCUAUUUCUAUUCUCAACGGAAUUUUGAAUUUUAAACACCCACACCGAGACAGUUACAUAUAACUGCAAGGAAAACUGAAUGAUGGCAAUUCCUCCCACUCUCUAAAGCCCCAAUUGAAGAGUUUCUUCUUCUUCUAUACCCCUAACUCCGUCGUGUUAUAUAAACCCGGCGGGAGAAGGAAGAACUUCGGAACUCAACAAGCUUUCUCAGAGCAAGAUAAGGCCUUUGAUUUCUCCAAGUUCUCUUGGAGCAGCAAUUCAAAGGGAAACAGUGGAUCCUCAGAGGUCCCUCCAAAACUUCAAUCUUUCAAGGGUGGGUACUGCAAAUUCUUUCAAAGAUGAAUGAUCUUAUGACACAAUCGUUCUUAAGUUAUGUGGAACUGAAGAAACAGGCCCAGAAGGACCUUGAAGCAGAUCUUGAUAUUGAAGCAGGCCAACUCAACCACACUGAGGAACAGAACCUCUCUCAGUUCUUUCAAGAAGUUGGAGUAAUUAAGGGUGAAAUGGAAGAGAUAACCAAUCUCUUGUUUGAUCUUCAACACUUGAAUGAAGAGACAAAGUCAACCCACAGUGCUAAAGUUCUUCGAGGGCUAAGAGAUCGAAUUGACUCAGACAUGGUUGCAGUUCUCCGAAAAGCCAUGAUUGUCAAGGCAAGGCUAGAAGCGCUUGAUCGAUCCAAUGUGACCAAUCGCAAGGUCUCAGAAGCAUAUAAAGAGGGAAGUCCUGUCGAUAGGACAAGGAUAUCUGUAACAAAUGGUUUGAGAGUCAAACUUAAGGAAAUGAUGAAUGAUUUCCAAUCCUUGAGAGAAAAUAUUCUUUCAGAUCAUAAGGAAGAUCUCAAGAGGAGGUACUAUACUGCAACCGGCGAACUACCAAGCGAGGAGGUUAUUGAAAAGAUGGUUUCAGGGGCUGUGAAAGUUCAACUAUUUGAAGGGAAAACCGAGACGAAUUUGAGGAGUAAAGAGAGGCAUGAGGCUGUCAUGGAUAUUCAGAGGAGCUUGAACAAGCUUCAUCAGGUCUUCCUUGACAUGGCUGUUCUGGUUGAGACACAAGGUGAAAAGAUUGAUGAUAUCGAAGAGAACUUGGCCAAUGUGGGUAGCUUUAUCAAUGGUGGAACAAACAGUCUUUACUAUGCCAAUCAAAUGAAGAAGAAGAACAAGAAAUGGGCUUGCUGGGUUUGUUCUGUGCUGCUGAUUAUUCUGUUGGUGUGCAUCAUUUCUAUGCUAGCUUCUUGAAGGGAAAAGGUCAGAAAAUCAUUUGUAGACUGCAAAGCAGCUCAUGGUUUCUGACGCCCAAGUGAGGGGGUUUUUCUGUUUAAAUUAAUCUCUAAUUGAGCUGUUCUGAGCUCAUAGAGGGGUUGUUUUCUUUUUGCUGCUUUAAUGGAUUUUGGCUUGUUAGAUAUCAUUUUACCAUUUUGGUAGAAUGAUUCCUGUCUGAUAUGCUGUUGUGUUCGCUUAACUGGUGGCAAGAUUUAAUGAGAAAUAGAUUUUCUAAAUUGAAUUGAUUAAAGUGAAGUGUUCCUCUUGUUUUUA